AGCCCCUUGGUUUCGUCCCCAAAAACCAUGGGUGCUUCACUUUAAAAGCAACCCAUCCUUCAGAUUCACCAGCCAAAUCAACCCAAAAUCCCAGUCUUCGAUUUCAUCACAAAAAAAAAAACCCAAUCUUGAAGCGAUGAGCAGUGGAGCAGUAGCAGCAAGCAAAGCCUGGGUGGUGGCUGCAACAAUAGGAGCAGUGGAGGCAUUGAAAGACCAAGGGAUUUGCAGGUGGAACUACACUCUCAGGUCUCUUCAUCAACACGCCAAGAACAAUCUCAGAUCUUCUUCUUUCUUUUCUUCUUCUUCCUCACCUGUUGCUGGUGCUGUUUCGAAUAAGCUGAGAGAGGAAAGGAGGAGGAAAGCUGAGAGGAAUAUGAAGAAAGUCCUGGAAAUGAACUCUUGGGGCCCUACCACUGUUAGGUUUUAGGAUUAUUAGGAUUUUUCUUUUUGCCUGUUAUGUAUCAAAUGAUGAAAUGUGAAAAUUUUAAUCUAAAUUUGGAUUGUAAUUUGUUAAAACAUUCUUUUGUUUCGAUUUCCAAUAUAUUGAUUAUGUUUAGGGAAAA